AUGGAUGAUGUUGAAAUGAAAGUAAUGGAAAUGAAAAUGAUUUCUAAAAUGUUUCAAGGAAUUUUAGAUGCAUGUUCAGCAAAAUGUAUUAGUAAAUAUAAUGAAGGUGAUUUAAAUGUUGGUGAAAGUGUUUGUGCUGAAAGAUGUGUUCAAAAAUGGAUGGAAACCUUCAAAAAAGUUCAAUCAAAGAUGUCUGGUACUCAACCAGGUCAAGAAGUCCCACAAGAAGCUCCAGCCGCAGCCCCAGAAAAGAAAGGUUGGUUCUAA